AUGAUUGCUACUUCUAUGUCGCAACUCACUCAGGAAUUAACAAGCACCAAUCGAGAUGGCGAAGUCAUUUUGAGCAUUAGUGAUGAACAAAAAAUUCAAUAUUUGAGCCAAAACUUUGAAUCAGAUGCAUACAAAUACGGUUACGAUGUCAACCCGCAUGGACAAUUUCAUCACGAAAUACGUGGUCUACAUGGAAUUACCUAUGGAUGUUAUGGGUACGUUGAUCCCUUUGGUCACCUGAAAACAACGUUUUAUAUCAGUGACGGAUGGGGUUAUCGCGUUGUUCAACCAGGGAAGGAUGUGGAACUUUUCCUUCACAAGCAUGAACAUCAUGAAACCGGAGACAAACAUGAUCAUCACGAGCAUCACGGUGUGAUUACACCAUGGCGAGAAUUAUAUUUCCCCGUGGUGUGUGCGCAAUAUACAAACACGAACAUUCCACCAAAUGAAGGAAAACAUCCAAAUGUUCCUGGCACAUCAGGAAAACCAGGAACGCUGCCGUAUCCAGGACAUCCGGCUAUUCCUGGGCAUUCAGGAACUUCAGGCACACCAGGAAAACCAGGAACACCGUCGUAUCCAGGUCAUCCGGGAAUUCCUGGACAUUUAGGAACUCCAGGCACACCAGGAACACCGUCAUAUCCAGGACAUCCUGGUAUUCCUGGGCAUUCAGGAACUCCAGGCACACCAGGAAAACCAGGAACGCCGUCGUAUCCAGGACAUUCGAGUAUUCCUGGACAUCCAGGCACGCCAGGAAAACCAGGAACACCAUCGUAUCCAGGAUAUCCGGGUAUUCCUGGGCAUCCAGGAACUCCAGGCACACCAGGUACACCAGGAACGCCGUCGUAUCCAGGACAUCCGGGUAUUCCUGGGCACCCAGGAACUCCAGGCACACCAGGAACGCCGUCGUAUCCAGGACAUCCGGGUAUUCCUGGGCAUCCAGGAACUCCAGGCACGCCAGGAAAACCGGGAACGCCGUCGUAUCCAGGACAUCCGGGUAUUCCUGGGCAUCCAGGAACUCCUGGCAGACCUGGAACGCCGUCACAUCCAGGAUAUCCGAGUAUUCCUGGGCAUCCAGGAACUCCAGGCACGCCAGGCACACCAGGAACGCCGUCACAUCCGGGACAUCCGGGUAUUCCUGGACAUCCAGGAACUCCAGGCACACCAGGAACGCCGUCACAUCCGGGACAUCCGGGUAUUCCUGGGCAUCCAGGAACUCCAGACACACCAGGCACACCAGGAACGCCGUCACAUCCGGGACAUCCGGGUAUUCCUGGACAUCCAGGAACUCCAGGCACACCAGGAACGCCGUCACAUCCGGGACAUUCGGGUAUUCCUGGACAUCCAGGAACUCCAGGCACACCAGGAACGCCAUCACAUCCGGGACAUCCGGGUAUUCCUGGGCAUCCAGGAACUCCAGGCACACCAGGAACGCCGUCAUAUCCAGAACAUCCGGGUAUUCCUGGACAUCCGGGUAUUCCUGGACAUCCAGGAACUCCUGGCACACCUGAAACGCCGUCGUAUCCAGGACAUCCUGGUAUUCCUGAGCAUCCAGGAACUCCAGGCACGCCAGGAAAACCAGGAAGACCGUCGUAUCCAGGACAUCCGGGAAUUCCUGGGCAUCCAGGAACUCCAGGCACGCCAGGAAAACCAGGAAGACCGUCGUAUCCAGGACAUCCGGGAAUUCCUGGGCAUCCAGGAAUUCCAGGCACGCCAGGAAGACCAGGAACACCGUCGUAUCCAGGCCAUUCGGGAAUUCCUGGGCAUCCAGGAAUUCCAGGCACGCCAGGAAGACCAGGAACACCGUCGUAUCCAGGACAUCCGGGUAUUCCUGGACAUCCAGGAACUCCAGGCACACCAGGAACGCCGUCACAUCCGGGACAUCCGGGUAUUCCUGGGCAUCCAGGAAUUCCAGGCACGCCAGGAAGACCAGGAACACCGUCGUAUCCAGGACAUCCGGGUAUUCCUGGACAUCCAGGAACUCCAGGCACACCAGGAACGCCGUCACAUCCGGGACAUCCGGGUAUUCCUGGGCAUCCAGGAAUUCCAGGCACGCCAGGAAGACCAGGAACACCGUCGUAUCCAGGACAUCCGGGUAUUCCUGGACAUCCAGGAACUCCAGGCACGCCAGGAAGACCCGGAACACCAUCGUAUCCAGGAUAUCCGGAAAUUUCUGGGCAUCCAGGAACUCCUGGCACACCUGGAACGCCGUCGUAUCCAGAAUAUCCUGGUAUUCCUGAGCAUCCAGGAACUCCAGGUACACCAGGAAAACCAGAUACGCCGUCACAUCCAGGACAUCCGGGAAUUCCUGGGCAUCCAGGAACUCCAGGCACGCCAGGAAAACCAGGUGCACCGUCAUAUCCAGGACAUCCGGGAGUUCCUGGACAUCCAGGAACUCCAGGCACGCCAGGAACGCCGUCACAUUCAGGACAUCCUGGUAUUCCUGGGCAUCCAGGAAUUCCAGGCACGCCAGUAAGACCAGAAACACCGUCGUAUCCAGGACAUCCGGGAAUUCCUGGGCAUCCAGGAAUUCCAGGCACACCAGAAAUACCGUCGUAUCCAGGACAUCCGGGUACUCCUGGGUAUCCAGGAAUUCCAGGCACACCAGGAACGCCGUCAUAUCCAGGACAUCCAGGAACUCCAGGCACGCCAGGAAAACCCGGAACACCAUCGUAUCCAGGAUAUCCGGAAAUUUCUGGGCAUCCAGAAACUCCAGGCAAGCCAGGAAGACCAGGAACACCGUCGUAUCCAGGACAUCAGGGAAUUCCUGGGCAUCCAGGAACUCCAGGCACGCCAGGAAAACCGGGAACGCCGUCGUAUCCAGGACAUCCGGGUAUUCCUGGGCAUCCAGGAACUCCUGGCAGACCUGGAACGCCGUCACAUCCAGGAUAUCCGAGUAUUCCUGGGCAUCCAGGAACUCCAGGCACGCCAGGAAAACCGGGAACGCCGUCGUAUCCAGGACAUCCGGGUAUUCCUGGGCAUCCAGGAACUCCUGGCAGACCUGGAACGCCGUCACAUCCAGGAUAUCCGGGUAGUCCUGGGCAUCCAGGAACUGCAGGCAUUCCAGGGAGACCAGGAACGCCGUCAUAUCCAGGUCAUACUGGUAUUCCUGGGCAUCCAGGAACUCCAGGUAUUGCGGGAAUUGUUGAAUUAUAUCCAACGUAUCCUGGUACGUCUAAUACACUUGGAACUCCGGGUACACAAGGAAAACCGGAAACAUCAUAUCCAGGACAUAUAGGAAUUAGUAUCGCUAGCACAUCUGGUACUCUCGGUAUAUCAGAAAUAUUCGAAGAUCAAGAAAAACCAAUAUCGUCAUAUCCUGGAUAUCCUAUUUAUCCCGUUACAUUAGAAACACCUAAUGUACCUUUACCUUCUGAGACGUUAGGUAAACCAGAUGAUUUAUUAUAUCCCGGAACUACCACUACAUCAAAUAGGCCAAGCAUUUCUUUCAACCCAAAUAAACCAGGUUAUCCUGGUUAUCCUACGUAUCCAGAAUAUACGGAAGAUUCAAAAUAUCCAGGAGGGGCAAUAGGACCUGAAGGACCAGUGGGAGGUGAAGGUCCGAUUGGUGAUAUUGGCGGCAUAGGAGGUAGCGGUGGUGUUGGUCUUGAUGGUUCUGACGGGCCAUGGCCAACCGGUUCCCCGGGUCCUGAUGGACCAUGGCCUGGUGAUCCAGAUUAUAUACCCGGAAUAAAACCAACAAGAAAACCUUCGCGUAAAGGUGCAAUAACCCAUUCUACGAUUGAGUCAUUUGACACAGACAAAUAUAACUCCAUCUCGAAAUAUAGUUUUAAUAAUAAAACUGAUUCUUCAUAUACGGGUUAUACUCUAAAGGAUAUCGAAUUGUCACACCUAUCGAAAAUUAAUACAUCGUUAUAUAAUAUAAAACAUAAUCAAUAUAGACCUCAAUACGAAACUCAAUCUACGUCAUCAAUCUAUGGGGAAAAGGAAACUACCUAUAAUGCAAACAAAAUUAAUUCAUUGUUGCAAACAGAUCUGACACCGUCAUCAUUGAAAUACGAGAUCGAAGAUUAUCAAUAUACAGAUGUAUUGAAACCAAAUUCACAAUUUUAUGAUCACUUGAUAUAUACAGGACCACAACAAAUAAAAAAACCUUCAAAAAAUGACUUCAAGCAAUUUUUAGUGCACGAUCGAGAUCACUAUCGAAAGUCAAUAUUUUAUCCAUCUUAUAAUUCGCAACAGCAAUCUCCUAAAGGCGCAGAUCAAUUUUAUAAAUUAAAACAACAAGAAAACAAACUUAACGUGGAUGAACAAUAUAAUAACUCUGCCAAUGUGAAUGGCAAAUUGAUUUCUAACGUGUCCUUUCAAUCGGAUGGACUUUCCUCUGCUCCAGACAGACAGGUAAAUGCACGCCUUGAGCAGACAUUCCAGAUGAAUCCCGUUCUCGACGCUAUCGGGGUUCAGCCGCCCAGCUCCAUCAACGUCAAGCCCUUAUCGUUACCUGUAGGGCCAAAUUCACAAGCAUGUCCCUGUUACUUAGUCGAGCCGAAUAACAACACAAACGUAGCAACCAGCUCGACUCUUACCUCUAUCAUUGGUCAAUUGGGAUUCAUUCCUGUUAUCUUCGUACCAUACUGUCCUGGCAAAGAGAUGGACAGCAAUAAGAUGAAACUUAUGUUCCCGUCCGCCACUCCUGUUCCAUAUGCAUGCGACACAUGUAAUACACAAAACAACAAAUUUGUUGUAAAAACGCUCGAUAUAAAUCAACUUGGUAAUAUCGACUAUCUCAAAGAGGCAUUAUAUCAAUCCAAUCUUGGCUUUUUGAAUGUUCCAGUUAAGACCAACAUCGAACGAAGAAGAACCAAAAGCUGA